AUGGAAACCUUAGACAUCCACUCGAAGUCAUUUUUGACCAAAUGGGUGACGGUACCCGACGACGCGCAUCUCAGCUGGCAGAUCCAGCCGGUGAAGCGGUCCAUCAACUUGUCCAUCUAUCGCAAAAACGAUGCUGUGUCGCCGUUUGAUGGGGGAUCCUUCCAGCCAUUGCUUCCACCAGCCCUGUCAUCCACCAAGAACCGCUCAGACUCCGUCAUCCUGACGUCACAGCUAGAAUUGACCAAUUCUACGCGCAAACGGAGCUCCUCAUUGCUGGCCGGCCUCAACAACUCGGGCCUUACGCUAGAGAAGAACUACAAUAAAUUGUUGCCGGAUGAGCUCACUAAAGGGUCGCUACAUGUGGCUAUUGGAGGAACCUUUGCGUUUGUGUUUGAUAAUAGCUUCUCGAAGACGUACGGGAAAAAGGUGCUUUUUAGCCAGAAGGUUGUCGCUGCGGGUGUCGCCGCAAAUACCGCGUCGCUGCAAACUGUCGCCUUCGCAUCUUUGCAAACCACCACCCCCAUCUCUGCCUCUGCUACGGUUAAUCACCGCCAGUCGAUCAUGCGCCCCAAGAACGGUGAGCUUCUUCAGGGUGUGCUUUCCAAGAAGCGUCGCAAGCGCCACCAGGGAUUUGUCAAGCGCUUCUUCAUCUUAAGCUUCAAGUACGGCAUCCUCUCGUACUAUCUCAUGAAGAAUCCCACCAAUCUCCGCGGCAACAUGCCCAUCAAGCACUGCAUCAUCUCUGCCAAUGAGGAGUCACGCGAGAUUGUUAUCGACUCUGGCUUGGAGAUCUGGGACUUGAAGGCCGCUACCCGAGAGGAGUGGGCUGUGUGGGUAUCCGCUUUCAAUACCGUCAAACAGGGUGCUCCGCGCCGCCCGGUGACUUUUGCCCAGCCCGACACCGAUAUGCAGGCGGCUGGGAUUCUCACGUUGCACAAGCAAUUGCAGGCGAUUCAGAGGGACGCCACUUUGGAAACAAGCAUCGACGAAUUUGCAAUUGGCUUCGCCAAGCUCGUUGAUUCCGCCAACCGCAAGUCCUUCGUGAUCUCCCGUACCACCUCGCUCAUGUCGCAAGAGUUUUACGACGCGGAGGACUACCUCGAAACAACCCAAUCCGUGGUUGUACUUGACAGACCGGGUAAUCUCGACCUGAUGAUCUCAGACGAGAUCUCCGUCGUUGAUAAGGAUGCGGACUACACUGCAACGUACGAGUCCGAGUCCGAAACCGAAUCCGAUGUGCCUGUGGCAGACUCCACCGCCUUUGACACUGAUUUGUAUCCGUUGCCCCUCCCGCCCGUAGAGAGGCGGACGGAUGUUCCCGAGUGCCACGUGCAACCGCCGAGUAUCCUCACGUUUGUGCGGAAGAACGUGGGCAAAGACCUCUCGUCGAUCGCCAUGCCCGUGAGUAUGAAUGAACCGUUGACCAUCUUGCAGAAGUAUGGCGAACUCAUUGAGUACUGUGCAAUGCUCGACACAGCGCUCGCAGCAGACACACUCUCUGGCGAACGCAUCUUGCGCAUCGCGGCCUUUGCCGUGAGCUACCAGGCGAGUUUGCGUGCGAAGGAGCGGAACACGCGCAAACCGUUCAACCCAUUGCUCGGUGAAACCUUUGAGAUGGUGCGCGAGGAUCUCGGUGUUCGAAUGGUGGCUGAAAAGGUGAGUCACCGCCCACCCAUUAUGGCCAUAGCCGCUGAAUCUGCUGCGUGGCAGUUACAGUACGCGCCACUGCCAUCAUCCAAAUUCUGGGGCAAGAGUGCGGAAGUGAUUGCGAAGGGCGUACUCAAGUUGACCGUGAAGGCCACCGGUGAGGUCUACGAAUGGGCACAGCCGACAACUUUGCUUAAGAACGUCAUUGCGGGAGAGAAGUAUACGGAGCCGGCGUCAGACUUGACGGUACUGUGCUCGCUGGGCCAGAAGGCGGUCGCGGAGUUCAAGGCUGGGGGCAUGUUUUCCGGCCGCUCUGAGGAUUUGACCAUUGGCUGUUUCGAUGCACGCGGCCGCAAGAUGGCCGCGCUGGUGCUGGGGAAGUGGACCACGGCGUUAGUGUUGUGCGUGGAUGGAGCGGAGCGCGAGAUAUGGCGCGUCGGUCCCUUGGUGAAGAACUACCCAAAGAAGUUUGGAUUUACCGAGUUUGCGGCGUCGUUGAAUGAAAUCACCCUGGCAGAGCUGGGAAUGGCUCCAACAGACUCCAGAUUAAGACCAGACCAGCGGUGCUAUGAGAAUGGUGAUGCUGAGAAGGCGGAAGUGCUCAAGGCGAAACUUGAAGGGAACCAAAGAGUGAGACGGAAACAGAUGGAGGAGCAGGGGGUAGAACACAAACCGGUGUUUUUCAAGCAGGUUGGUGAGGGUGACAAUGCCAUUUGGGAGUAUGUUACGGGGGAGAAGAGCUAUUGGAAUAGGAGACGAGUGGGGGAUUGGAGUGAUUUGGUUACAUUAUGGUAA